UUGUAAUAUACUAAACUCAACAAUAAUUCAUAGUACAAAAGAAGUUUAUACUUUAAUUUUUUUAAUAUUUUUUAACAUAAGGAGCUUAACUAAAUAUGAAGUGAAACAUGAAGUUUAAAAUUGGCGCGUACUCACGUUUCGUAACGUUUCGUUCAACCUUCGUAAAAGCAACAGAUAAGGCAGGAAAUUCAUAUUGAUUAAACGAAGAAAAACGUAAAAACCUACUUACGUUUUAUUGCUCAAUUACUUUUCACGACUGUAUAUUUUGGUAUGGCUCGAAUAUUUCUCUUUUACUUAUCAUAUCACCAAUGAAAAAUUAAUUAUAUACGUGUAUGUAUUGAAUGGUUAGAUAUUACUAUGGCUUAUAAAGUAUUUGGACACUUUCAUAGAAAACAUUUAUGUUUAUAUUGUAUGUAUUACAGUGGCUAUAAAAGAAUGAUUCGGAUCUCCGCUCCAGGCACAGUGAAAGUAACCAAGCACCAUUAUCCUUUGGAAUAUAAAGUGCGGAGAAGACAGCUGCAACCCUAAAUCGAAAGAAAGUCAAAGUGACCUGAUCAUGAGCAUAAUGACGACUUUCAGUGGCUGGAAUCUUUCACACGUGUAUCUGAAAAUUUUCAUCAGGAACUCUAUAUUUCAAAUAGAACCACAAAAACUAUACUGUUUGAUUUUUAACAUUAUACAUACGUUUCAAUCAAAUGUUCAUGAGAAACGUAACAAUAAUUAUUUAGAAGGAAAAAAUAUCGGAAAUUCUUUGAAAAUGGAAUAAUGAAAGUUGGCAAUACAUUAUUACGUCAAAUGGACAAUAUAUUAUUUAACACACAACUAGUAUUUUUCGAUUAGAUAUAAUUACAGUAAUUUGAGAUGGAUUACUUAUUUUUGGAGUAUUUAAUAUUAUUUUGUACUCAACAUUCUGUUUUAUUACAUUUUAUUUAUUAUUUUAUCCCAUAGACUGAGAAAAAUAAAAUUAAAUGCUCCAAAAUUAAGGAAUCAAAUUUAAAUUAUUAUAUUAGAAAUAAUUACAUAAUUAUUAUAUUAAAUAUGAUUCAACAACAUGUUCUUUAAAUUUUAUUUGAAGAGGCAAGAACGAUUAGUCAAUUCUAUAUUUUAAAAUCUAUAAAAACAAAGAUUGAAAGAACAAGAAAGUAAUAAUUGGUCUAAUUAGUAUUUGUAUUUAAUUACAAUGAUAUGCACACGAGCGUGAUGCAUCAUACUGUUAGCUGCAAUUUAUUAUUGAUGCAGUGACGUGCACUUAAAAGAAUUAAUGAUGCUGUGUUAAUUGAAACGUCUAAUUUUCCAAGGAAGAAUGGCGAUUUUCAUUUCACGCAGAACGCUUGAACUUUCACUCGAAAAUACGAAACACAUAUACUGGCGCGUGUAUCUCACGGUCUACACUCGGUAUGAAGAUGAUAGCAGGGUCAACGGUACUUUUAUUGGAAGCGAGAAACUCGCGGUAUUCUCUAUGCUAUUUUCUCUGCUGAUGCAUCGAGAUCAAGAAAGCAAUAGUUUACGUUCGGAGCAAUUUUUGGUCGCGACCUAGUAUUAGAGAACUUUCCUUCAGAAACAUUAUUUCUUAACAAGAGGAUCUUCAAAAUUAAAGGCAAUAUUGAGAAGAAGUAUAAUUUGUAAAUGCAUUUCAUCGAAUAAUAAUCACAUAAUUUCACCAAUAUACACUUUCUAUAUAACAAGAAAAUUUUCAGAACAAGAAAGAAUUCUGAGAAAUAGGGCAAUUUCAAGAGUAAGUGUUUCCAGGGGUCACAAAGAGUCUUACUUCCGUGUCGUUCUAAUGCUGUUACGGAAAUAAAGGAUGGUACCGGUGAAAGGUAUUAAAUCGAAUAGCAGGCCACGAGGAGAAUCUAAAGAAAGUCAAAGUGACUCUUUAAAAGGUACAAUCGAGUUGAUGUAGUUUCUUGGCGGUAAAACGUUUAUUGUGUGCACUUCGUUUCAAACAAGUCGUUUGUGAGCUUCUUCUCACGUUGUGGCCUCCGAUGCGUUUCUCCGAUUUGUCGCGUCCUCACCCACAUUCUAAGUCAGCUAAAUGCACUUCCAGGUUGGAGGUUUCAAUAUACUUGCUUCUGAAUGUACUGUGUGGUUUCUUUCUCUUUUUUACUUUAGAAAAUUAUAAGUAUUUUUCCCCUCUUUCAUUAAAAGAAAGUUUGUUAAAAUUUUAUGUUGAAUCAUGUUUCUAUUAUUGUUAGUUAUCGUUAUUAAAUGAGUAAUAAUUUAUUAGAUAUAACAAGAGAGAUAAGUCGACCAUGUGCUAAUAGAAGUAUGAAAUGAAUUUAUACGAAAGGAAAACAAGGAAAUAAAUGAAAAGAAAAUGAAAGGAGAAACAGUUAUAGCUGUUUUAAAGAGGUUUAAAAGGAGAGCUGAAAAAUGAGCCAACAUUAUUAGAAUACAAAUAGGUUGGCUAGUUUCCAUAUUACGUUGAGGGAAUAAAUAAGACCGGAUUUAGAAUUAUUGAGAGAUAUGAGAAAUAGUAGGGCAUAUCUGUAUGUCUAAAAGGAAUGUGAGCAUUUGCAUAAGGAAUUGUAAAACGUAGAAAAAUUUAUGUCAUGUUAUUAUGUAUUGUCUGUUAAAAGAUAAUAGAUGUUUAAACUCAUUAAAAGAAAAGGAUAAAAAAGAAUAGUCCUUUCUAGAAAGUUGAGUAUUAAUUGUCCUUUUAAAGAUUCAUUUUUGAAAUUCCAAGAGGAUGUUGUGGAAUAAUUAUUCAAAGAGAAAGAACCAUAAACUAUUGGCGAUGUAUUAGUAGGAGCACGCUUGUAAAUUAGUCGAUUGUUCUCGUCAAAUCCAGUCGGACAUUCCGCAGAUUUUUCAAAUUUAAGCACUAAUUAAACAACGAAGGAUACCAAUUUCGUACAAACUGUUACUAUAGAUAUGAUUAUGAUAUAGAUAUGAUAGUCUGAUUUCCAUAAAUUUCAGUAAUUAUCUUUUAAUUAAAUAGUUACUUGUAAUUUAAUGAUUUGAUCAUAAUUCCAGUAUUUCAAGAUUUAUUAAAAUAUCAGUCUUAACGAUGAAACUGGAAGAGGAUCCAGAAUUUUCGUAAGUCAAAGUUGAAAUGCUGAAAGCUAAGAAAUACUACAAAAGUUAAGGGGAUGAAAAAUAUAGGUAAGAUUAAAAAUAUUAAGAACACCAUCCAAGGCAGAAAAGUUCAGAAGAUUAAAGAUAAAAAGAAAGGCAAAAUCAACAAAGUUCAAAAGAUUAGAAAUAGUAGAAAGGGCUGAAAAGCUGGAAAAGUGAAAUAUGUGGGGAAAAUGAACAAAUUUUGAAGAUUAAAAAUAACAUAAAGAUGAAAAGUCGAUUAUGUCAAUUUCUCUCCAUAUUCGACAAGAGCUCUGCAUGCUUCCUCUUAAUACCUGCGUCCUUUCUCUCGUUUUUAGACGUGUUCUUGUCUUCUUCACUCUCUUGAGUCAAUCGAAACAAAAGAGACAAAGCACGUUUCCAUGACAAGUAAGUGAAUUUCGCGUGCUCCCCGAGGGUCAUUAAUAUUUUAUACGGAGUACGACCGAUAAUGUUCCCAUUCCUCGUUCACAACUCUCACAUCGUAUCUAAUCUUUACCGACAGUUUGCGUAAUCGAGACAGUGGUCCCUGCUGCGUGGUCGACGGUUGGGCAACGAAAUCUCUAACAGAAGACAGGUGGAUCCAAAUUUCUCCCCGUUCUCGGAAGGAGAAAGAAAAAUUAAUCGACGAUCACACGUGUUACCAAAUUACCUGAUCCCUAAAAUGAGAUUGGAAAUCGUCAUUAAUUCAAUAUUUGGAGAUAAACGAAUCUGUAUGACGAUAAGCAACCAAUUAAGAUUGGUAAAGUGAAUGAAAUUUGAGAAAACUUCUAGAAAUUUAGAAUUAAAGAUUAUUAGGAAAUUGUAUUUACCUAAGAAAAGAGCAUGUUGGGAUGAAAAAUAUUAGAUGUUUCAAAUGUCUGACUUAGUCAAAUUAGAUGUUCCUUAUGGAAAUGAGAGGAGUAAUGGAAGAGGUGGUAUCGUAAUAAUUCGUCAAUUAUCUAUAUUGGAUUGUUCGUAAACUUUCUAACAAAAUGUUAAAAAAAUUUUAUAACAGACAAUAUAUUUUUAUAAAAUCAAUAUUUUGUUAAAUGUAGAUCUUUUUUAUCGAUGUAUUUUAAUCAUCAUUCACCAUGGCACAGUUUUAUAAUUGCUUUCUUGACUAAUUUCUUGUCUUUUCUUUUCACUAAUUUUCCGAAAUAAUUUUUACAAGCUAUUUUAUUAUUUGUCAAAGAUUCAUAAUAAAAAGUUCUUUUUCGGAUUGUUAUUCCAGUCAAAUAUACAACACGACAUAAUAUAAAUUUCCAGAAGCUUUACGAACUUUCAAAACAACCCAACAUUAAAUAAUUCAUCCCAUUGUAAUCAAUUAUACUUAAAAUUAUAUUACAUGCAUAUUAAGUAUGGUAUAUCUGACUUUCAAGGAGGCUACAAUCGAAUGAUUAAUAGAAAUUAUGACAUUGGAAAAUACCAAUUGGUUGCCGUUUUGUAACGUUCAGCGCUUUCCUGGGAUUACAUGCGAGUCGGAGAUCCAGCGGGUAUAGACGAUUGCAUAAAACGCUUUAACUGUUUUAGCAGUGAAAGCAAACAAAUACUCAACCGUACAAUGUUCUUUCUUGUAUAUACUCGGAUACCAGGAUUCAAGAGACUGACUUAUCUUUAAUGAGUCAAUUCUACAAUGUUAAUUGAUCUUCUAUGCAUAGAGUGUAGACAGAUGUAGAUUUUUCAUGUUGCUGCAUCAUUUCCUUAAUUUACAUCUACAAGAUGAGUUCUAAUAAGAAUGAAUUCGAAGUUUGCCAAAAAUUUUUUCUGGGAAGAUAUACCAAGGUUUUAUUUUCUUAUUUUUGAAAAUGAGAACUUGGCAAAAAAAAGAAAGCUAUAUUAUGUACAAUGUACACUACAAUUUUGUUGCAGUUUCAAUUUCUGGUUAAAGUAUGUAUUUGCAAGGGAUUCGAAUUUCCUUGAUCAAGAUUUGAUUAGACAUGAAAAUGUCACAUAAUCUUGAAGUACUUGAAAAGGUGUGAAUCUACUUAAAAAUAGGACUUAUUAUCUUCUCACUCUAUAUGCUAAUAAGAUGUUCCAAUCUUUAUAGUUAAAUUUUUACUUAAAAUCCUACUAACAUGUUUUAAAAUAUCUGAAAAGAAUUCUGCAAAAGAAUCUUUAAACUGUAAGUAUGCACAAUAGAUUCUAUCUAUCUUAUUAUAUUUGAUCCCACCAUUAUUAAGUAUACUAUAUCUGAAUCCAAUGCUAGUUACGAAGAUUCAAUCUCCUCUGGACAAUACACUUUACUUGUAUCUUUUGAAAAAGGAUUUGUUAAUAUUUUCAUAUAAAAAGACGAACUGUCUGCCUUCACUAAAAACAAUCAGGCAAUGGAAAGAGCUUUCAGCCAGCAACCUCACUCGAAAGUGUUCACCUGUUUAAACGAGUAGGACGAGUAGCACAACGUUCUGAAAAAAAUCCACGUUUCGCGUCUGGUACGGUGAUGGCACCCAAAUGCCCCUUUUACCUUCGACGAUGAUCAUAACGCGUUGUAGAUCCCCUCCAGAGGUGAGUUGAGGAUGUAAGCGCCACAGAGACCCCCGUAUAGCGUUGCGGAUGCACUCAUGGAUAUACCCCUCCUCGAAAUAUCUCUAUGCUUAGGGCGACUAGCCGUCUAGGCGGAGGAAACAUUCGCUAUAAAAGGCACCGUAGCCACGAGGAAUUCGUCAGAGGAGUGACGAACCGUAACCAAAAAAAAAAAAAAAAUAUAUAAUAAUAAAGGCGGCAGCCUUUGCCGUUUUUUCCUCGUCAUCGCGCGGUGAACGACACCCCUCAAACUUGUGAAGAUGCGGUCUAGCCUGUUAUUCCUGUGUUGCUUCCUUUUCGUCUCUGCUCUUGGGGACCCGAUAAGGACCAAGAAAGAAGCACCUCUAAGCCCACCUCCAAGCCAAUAUGGCCCACCUGCGACUUCUUAUGGAGUUCCAAAUGUAGGAAGCUCCUACAACGCACCAUCUGAUUCUUACGGUGCUCCACCACCACCAUCUUCCUCCUAUGGUGCACCUUCCUCUUCUUACGGUGCUCCAUCAGGACCAUCCUCUUCCUACAACGCACCAUCAUCCAGUUAUGGUGCUCCAUCAGGUCUAUCCUCUUCUUACGGUGCACCAUCGUCCAGUUAUGGUGCUCCAUCAGGUCCAUCCUCUUCUUACGGUGCACCAUCGUCCAGUUAUAGCGUUCCAGCAGGCCCAUCCUCUUCUUAUGGUGCACCAUCAUCCAGUUAUGGCGCUCCAGCAGGCCCAUCCUCUUCCUAUGGUGCUCCAUCCGAUCACGGUGUUGAUCACGGUUCUUUUGGAGGCGAUCAAGGAUAUAGCAGUGGUGGAUCCUUUGGUGAUGAUCAUGGAAAUGGAGGCGGUCAUGGAUCUUUUGGAGGUGACCAUGGAUCCUUUGGAGGUGGUCAUGGAUCCUUUGGAGGCGACCAUGGAUCUUUCGGAGGCGGUCAUGGAUCCUUUGGAGGCGACCAAGGUUCAUUUGGAGGAGAUCACCAUGGAGGAGGAGGAGAAGGAGGAGGAGGAGGAGGAGACCACCAUGGAGGAGAAGGAGGAGGAGGAGGAGACCACCAUGGCGGUGGUGGUAGUGGGGGAUUAUCAACUUCCUAUGGUGCUCCAGCACAAUCUUAUGGCCCCCCAGCACAAUCUUAUGGACCACCAGCGCAAUCUUAUGGACCACCAGCGCAAUCUUAUGGACCACCAGCGCAAUCCUAUGGGCCACCAGCUCAACCUCAAGGAAAAUGGGAGAAGAAAUUAACGUGGAAAGCAGAAUGGAAGCAGAUCUGGAAAACAGAACAGAAAUUAAUCUGGAAACAAGAAUGGAAAAAAGUUCAAGUACCUGUUUGGAAGGAAGUUCAGGUUCCAGCGUGGAAAGAAGUUAAGGUACCAGUUUGGAAGAAAGUCCAGAAACCUAUUUGGAAGGAGAUCCAAGUGCCAGCGUGGAAAGAGGUCCAAGUACCAGCCUGGAAAAAAGUUUGGAAGCCAGUUUGGAAAGAAGUACAGGUACCUAUAUGGAAAGAGGUUCAGGUACCUGACUGGAAGAAGGUCUGGGUUCCUGAGUGGAUUAAAAUAGGUAUUCCUGGUGAGCAAUAUGUUGGUAAGGAUCAUCAUGGUUGGCAGUAUACCAGUCAUGAUCUUUGGAAGAAGAAACUGAUUUGGAAACCUAUAUGGAAAAAGAUCUGGAGGACAGAGAAGAAGCAAGUCUGGGUUAGUGAGAAGAAAUUAGAGUGGAAAGCUGAAUGGAAACAGAUCUGGAAAACUGAAAAGAAACAGGUUUGGGUUAGCGACAAGAAAUUGGUUUGGAAAGAGGAAUCGGUUCAGGUCUGGGUACCUGAGAAGAAGCAAAUUUGGGUAACACAGAAGAAGCAGGUAUGGAAGGAUGAGUGGAAGAGCAAAUGGGUGCCAGUGUGGAAGGACGUACAGGUACCAGCGUGGAAAAAGAUAUGGAAGCCCGUUUGGGAGAAAGUUUGGGUACAGACUGAACCUCACCACGACGAACACCAUGGAUACAAGUAAAACUUCUACCAUGAGAUUCUUCGUUCGAUCUUUACUCAUCUCGACGAUAAAAUCGUUCAUCGUCUUUCACAUUUUUUGCUAGUAUAGCUGUAGCCUGAGAGCGGGGGUCAAAGGUUCGCGAAUCGCGAAAGUCGCCAUCCGUUCUUUUUGUUCUCUUUCGCCUUUCGGAGAAAAAACGAGGACUCCGCUGUUGUUUGCGAUUACGGUAACGGAGUCCAGAUUUUCUUAUUUUAUGUCUGUAGGAAGCCAUGUAAACCAUGUAAAAUCACGUGAAAGUACCGUGGAAAAUAGGAGACUUUAUUCUUGGCAACGAAAGAAUGUUACGUUAAUGAAUAAUUUUAUAAUAGAAAAUUUUAAAGUUAUUGAUGUCUAAUGAUUUUAGAAUAGAAGAACAAUAAUAUCUUUUUCUUUUUUGGAGAAAUAUCGAGAAAUUAUUUUGCUGCGAGAUUAUUACUCGUAUUCUACCUUUUUUUCUAGGUGAAAUGUUUAAUUAAUUAUUUUUUUCUUUUGAAUAUUUGUUUCGGGAGAUUAUUAUCAAGAGAUCUUAUCAUUUGUAUUCUGUUUGUUGUUCUGAUUGAGAUUUUCUGUUCAAUUAUGUUUCUGAUUAAAUCUUAAAUUAGGGACAUUACUAUUGGGAAAUUAACAUCAAUAUUCGUGUACAACAGAACCUACUGUCGAUUAGCAAAAAUGUAAAGUCUUUAAAAUAAAUUCUGCCAUGCAUCUUAAAGGAACCGGUAGUCAAAAUAGGAAAUUUUAUACGAUUCCGCGUUACAUAGUAGAGUAAGAAUCGUUAUACGUGCUUGAACAAGCCAUGUAUGACAAAUCGAAUAUAAUUAUUUUCUUUGUUUACUUGUAAAUAACGAUUCCUCACGGAAGUAUAUGUAGAUAUAGAUAUUUUUGUACAAUGUUUGUGUAUGUUACCGUAAUAAAGUACAUUUUUUUUUAA